AUGAUCGAGACUUGGGGCCCCGACCGCCUCCUGCUGGCAGGGCGGGCCCUCGAGCAUGGCAUGAUGAAAACACACUCCAGUCUAGGCCAGGAGCACCAGCAGCAGCAGCAACAGCAGGUGGUUGAAAGACACGACGGACUCUCAGCACCACCACCACCUCAAAGGGCACCAGAGCGCAAUGGCAGCAGCAGUCCCCAGCGGCACCACUCACCGAGACGCGAUCUCCAGCCUGCAAGAGGCUGUCUGAGGAAAAGAAAGGACGCGACUGUACCAAACCACCACCAACAUCACCAGCAGACAGGAGGGGGCGUGAGAAGCCCCACGAAGCAAGUCGGGUUCAGCACAUGGGCCCCACAAUGCCUCGUCACCGGUCAGGCCUACGAGCGCCACCACCACCAGCCACCGGACGGAAAGGCGUGGCGGCGCGCGCAGGCGGUGAAGAUGCGCGAGGGCAGGAUGCGACAGGCCGUGCUGGGGGCGGAGGAGUACCGGCCGUACGUGAAGGAGGAGGAGGUGGACCGCUGGGCCGACAGGGGCUGGGCGCCGAUGGGUCUUGUGGAGGACACGCCCAUGGGGGGCAUGUCGCUGGAGAUGGACCUGGCGGCGGCGCAGUGGCACGCUCGGCAGGUGGAGUUUGACCAGAGGCUGGCGGAGAAUCAUGAGCUGGCGCAGAGGAACAGGGAGGAUGUGCAGCGGGAGACCAGGAGGAUGUUCGGUGCUGGCGCCAUGGGGACGAGGGAGUUUGUGCACUAUCGGCUUAGACACAUGAAUGGGAAUCCUCAAUAA